AUGGCUGAGGUAGAGGACAUACCAGACAAGCCGGGAGAGGAAACAUAUUUCGCCAAACCGGAACACUUUUUCCCACAUCUUGAGGACGGUAAAAUACCAACGCAACAAUUUUUAAGUGCCUGCCAAGGAAUCGCUGAUUUUGUUGAGUUCCUCGGAAAAGCGUUUGUACUUGUAAAGAACGAUAUCCAAGGCAAUGUGAACAAAGUUCGAGCUCGUUUCGAAAAAGAUAUGGAGGGGCAAAAGUAUCUGCAAGACUUAAUUGAUGCCGAUCUGGCCGAGCACGGAGGAAAAUUUGGAAUUGCCACUGAGGGUCUGCUAUGGCUGAAAAGAGGACUUCAAUUCAUGCUUGAAAUGCUCACACAGAUGGUGCAGAAAUAUCGAGAAAUUCCCGAUCAUUCAAAAACUGAAAAUUUAUCGUCUGUGGUUGAUUACGCUUACCAAAAAUCAUUAAAACGGCAUCACGGUUUUUUGGCAAAACAAGCGUUUAAGAUGCUUUCGCACGCCGUUCCGUACCGCCACACCAUUCUGAAGGCCGUCGCACUUGGCAAAGAAGGCCUUGAUGAUGUCUGCAUUCAUCACAUCGAAGCUCAUCUCGACAAUUUCCGUCUUAACGUCCAAACCCUUGUAGAAUAUUACUUAAUGAAAGGUUUGGAGACUCCAGAACCCUAA